AUGCAGCAGGCGGUCGCUGCGACGAACGGCAAGACCUACAGCUACGGGACGGGCAGUGCCGGGGGCCUCCUCUACCUGGCGUCUGGCACCCUGCCGGACUACGCCACCGAGGAGGGGGCGCUGGGCUACACCAUCGAGCUCCCGCCCCGCUGGUGGGACCAAGGCGGCUUCUCGCCCGACGCCUCCUCGAUCCUGCCCGCUGCGGAGGAGACGCUGCAGGCGCUGUACGCCGCUGUCCACUGGGCCAUCGAGAACACCAUCGUCCUCUCCCCGGAGCCCACGCCGGCACCGACCACGCCGCCCACGCCGCAGCCCGCGCCGCCCUGCGGCCUCAAGGGUGUGGACGACACGCCCUGGGCCACCGCCAGGAUCGUGAACGGCCAGGCCUCUUCGGCGUGCGAGUGGAGGUGGCAUGUCUGCCUGAAGCGGCAGUCGUCGGGCAAGUGCAGGUGCGGUGGGACCCUCAUCGACAGCCGCUGG